AUUUCUAAACCAUUUCUGCAAACGCCUGUAAACGCAUUGUUUUUACGAUGAUGGGACACGAACGGUUUCUGGUGCUUGUUCUGAUCCACUGCUUUGUUACCCUUACUGGGACAAGACAUCUCGUUCAAGGAGACCUGAGCUAUUCUUUUCCAGAAGAGAUGAAACUGGGAUUCAUUAUUGGAAAUAUUGCCAAAGAUCUAGGAGUUGAUCUCAAUACAUUAUCUUCUCGAAAGGCCCGUGUGGAUAUUGAAGGGAGUCGGAAACGCUGCUGUGACAUUAAUCUGAACACCGGGGAUUUAAUCACGUCGGACAGAAUUGACAGAGAAAGCCUUUGUGGUAAGAAACCCUCUUGUGUCGUGAAAAUCGACCUGGUGUUAGAAAAUCCUCUGGAGCUUCAUCGAGUCAGUCUUCAUAUACAAGAUGUGAAUGAUAAUCUGCCUAAAUUCAAAAAGAGUUUAAUCGAAAUGGAAAUUAGUGAGUCUGCAGACAAAGGGAGCCGCUUCUCUAUCGAGGAGGCUCAUGAUGCGGACAUGGGUCAAAACGACGUUCAGAGAUACGUACUUGAAAAGAAUGAUCAUUUUAUACUUUCAGCGGAUAGUAAAAGGUUUCAGCUACAAUUGGAAAAUAAUCUUGAUCGAGAGAAACAAAAGGAAAUUAAUUUGCUUCUGACAGCUAUAGAUGGCGGAUCUCCCCAAAAAUCGGGAACUGUAGUCAUACAUGUUACAGUGCUGGAUGCUAAUGAUAACGCCCCUGUGUUUACUCAGGUUGUUUAUAAAGCAAGUGUACACGAAAACGCACUACCAGAAACAUUGGUGAUUACUGUUAGUGCUACUGAUGCCGAUGAAGGAGUGAACGGAGACGUGAUUUAUGACUUUGGACAUGUGUCUGAAGAAAAUCUAGAUAUAUUUUCGCUUGAUCCAAAAACCGGAGAAAUUAAAGUAACGGGUGUGAUUGACUUUGAAGAAACAAUUUCAUUUGAUAUUAGCGUUGAGGCCAAAGAUGGCUUAGGACUGACCUCCUAUGCUAAAGUGUUAAUAGACGUUAUCGAUGUGAAUGAUAAUGCACCAGCUAUUUAUAUGAACUCCAUGUCCAGCAGCACACCUGAAAACCUACCAUCUGGUACAGAGGUGGGAAUCAUUAAUGUACAGGACAGAGACUCUGAGAAUAAUGGACAGGUCCGCUGCUCCAUCCAGCAAAAUGUCCCUUUUAAGUUGGUUCCUUCUAUUAAAAACUAUUAUUCUCUAGUGACCACAGGACAACUGGACCGAGAGCUAGUAUCCGAUUACAACAUUACAGUCAUUGCCACUGAUCAGGGCUCUCCACCUCUAUCCUCCUCUAAAGCUAUUCACUUAUCUGUAGCUGACAUCAAUGACAACCCACCUGUGUUUGAGGAACAGUCCUACAGCGCAUAUGUGAGUGAAAAUAACAAACCUGGCUCCUCUUUAUGUACUGUUUCUGCUCGAGAUCCUGACUGGAGACAAAACGGUACAGUGAUUUAUUCUCUGUUACCUGGUGAGGUGAACGGUGCCUCGGUGUCCUCCUAUCUAUCUGUUAAUGGAGACACAGGAGUGAUCCACGCUGUGAGGUCAUUUGAUUAUGAACAGUUCAGGAGUUUUAAAGUCCAAGUGAUGGCCAGAGACAAUGGUUCUCCUCCUCUCAGCAGCAACGUGACAGUCAAUGUAUUCAUAUCUGAUGUGAAUGACAACUCUCCUCAGAUACUGUAUCCAGCACCAGAGGGCAGCUCCUUCAUGACUGAGUUGGUCCCCAAAGCUGCACAUGGAGGGUCUCUGGUGUCCAAAGUGAUAGCAGUGGACGCAGACUCUGGACAGAACGCCUGGCUGUCCUAUCAUAUAGUCAAAGCCACAGAUCCUGGACUUUUCAGUAUUGAUCUACACAGUGGCGAGAUCAGGACACAGCGGGACAUUUCAGAAUCUGACAGCAUGAAACAGAACCUGAUUGUUGCAGUGAAAGAUAAUGGACAGCCCUCUCUGUCUGCCACCUGUUCAAUGUAUUUACUGAUUUCUGAUAACUUGGCAGAAGUACCAGAACUAAAAGACAUUUCUUAUGAUGAGAAGAACUCCAAGCUGACCUCUUAUUUGAUCAUUGCGCUGGUUUCUGUAUCGACUUUUUUUCUGACCUUCAUCAUCAUCAUCCUGGGUGUGAGAUUUUGUCGUAGGAGAAAGCCCAGACUGUUGUUUGAUGGCGCAGUGGCCAUCCCCGGAGCUUAUAUUCCUCCUAAUUAUGCAGAUGUGGAUGGCACUGGAACUUUACGCAGCACCUACAAUUAUGAUGCCUACCUGACAACAGGAUCCAGAACCAGUGACUUUAAGUUUGUAUCAUCUUACAAUGACAACACGCUGCCUGCUGAUCAGACUCCCGAGAAAAUCCCGGCAGAAUUUGCUGAUCCCUUUGAAGGACUGGCGACACCUGAAGAGAUACUGUAUCCAGCACCAGAGGGCAGCUCCUUCAUGACUGAGUUGGUCCCCAAAGCUGCACAUGGAGGGUCUCUGGUGUCCAAAGUGAUAGCAGUGGACGCAGACUCUGGACAGAACGCGUGGCUGUCCUAUCAUAUAGUCAAAGCCACAGAUCCUGGACUUUUCAGUAUUGAUCUACACAGUGGCGAGAUCAGGACACAGCGGGACAUUUCAGAAUCUGACAGCAUGAAACAGAACCUGAUUGUUGCAGUAAAAGAUAAUGGACAGCCCUCGCUGUCUGCUACUUGUUCUAUGUAUUUACUGAUUUCUGAUAACUUGGCUGAAGUGCCAGAACUGAAAGACAUUUCUUAUGAUGAGAAGAACUCCAAACUAACCUCUUAUCUGAUCAUUGCGCUGGUUUCUGUGUCCACCUUCUUUCUGACCUUCAUCAUCAUCAUCCUUGGUGUGAGAUUUUGUCGCAGAAGAAAACCCAGACUGUUGUUUGAUGGAGCAGUGGCAAUUCCCGGAGCUUAUCUACCUCCUAAUUAUGCAGAUGUUGACGGUACAGGAACUUUACGCAGCACCUACAAUUAUGAUGCCUACCUGACAACAGGAUCCAGAACCAGCGACUUUAAGUUUGUAUCAUCUUACGAUGACAACACGCUGCCUGCUGACCAGACUCUGAAGAAAAGUUCGACAAUAUUUACUGAUCCUUUUGAAGGAUUAGAGACACCUGAAGAGCUUCAGAUGAGCGUUCCCGAUGCUGAUAGGAAUGACAUCCCCCAGGGCCCGGCACUGGUGGUGGAGGUUGGAGAAGGAUGCGGGCCUAAGGACCGAGCGAGUGGAGGAGUAGGGGUGGUGAUGGGUUGA